CGUGAUGUGCGCAUGCGCCGUAGUCGCAGCACUACCCCGUCCAGCCUUAAUCUGUUCGGUUACUGAUUAUACCUCCAUUCGUUUUAUGCCAUGUAACAAGGGUUUCCAGAAGAGCACAUGAGCCGCAGGUUGCACUAUGCCGAAGGUCCCUAGCAGCUGCCCUACUGUGCCGCUGUCCAAUGGACGCAACAUUCCCAUUCUGGGUUUAGGAACCUCUCAUGUUGGUGGUUACAGUCAUGAAGCGGUGCUCUAUGCUCUGCAGGAGUGCGGCAUAAGGCAUAUAGACACAGCCAAGCGUUAUGGUUGUGAGGAGGCUUUGGGGAAAGCCGUGGCUGAUGGUGGAGUACCAAGAGAGGAGCUCUGGCUCACCACCAAACUAUGGCCUGGAGAUUACGGUUACCAGAGCGCCAAACAAGCCUGCAGGGACUCCUGUGCCAGGCUGGGGGUUGAUUAUUUAGACCUCUAUCUGAUGCACUGGCCGGACUGCAUGGUGCCAGGCGUCUCCAGUCGUGAGGUUCGAGCAGAGACGUGGAGAGCUCUGGAGGAGCUUUAUGAUGAAGGUCUGUGUCGUGCCAUUGGAGUGAGUAACUUUCUCAUACAUCACUUAGACGAGUUAAAGGAUCAUGCUGGAAUUGUGCCUCAUGUUAAUCAGGUGGAGUUUCAUCCCUUCCAGCAGCCGCUGGAGCUGGUUGAAUAUUGCCGGAAGGAGAAUAUUGUUUUUGAAGGCUACUGUCCUUUGGCCAAAGGUCAAGCUCUCACUCAUCCAUCAGUCAUGGAGCUUGCCCAGAAAUACGGCCGCAGCACUUCACAAAUAUGCAUCCGCUGGAGCAUCCAGAAUGGAGUCGUCACGAUUCCAAAGUCCACUAAACCAGAAAGGGUCUACGAAAACUGCCAAGUGUUUGGGUUCAGUUUGGCUGAUUCAGACAUGGCAGCGCUGAGUUUGCUGCAUGAUGGGAGACAUGUGAGCUGGGACCCAACUCAUGUGGAAUGACCACAUCUCCAAGAAAACCACCUGUUCAGGUUUUUGGAUUCACACUAACAGCAGAAGACAUGGAUCGAAUUAGAAAUUUACACACCAAUCAGAAGCUGAUUCAUCUCACUUAUCCAAUCUGGAAAGGAUAACCUAGCAAUCAGAAUCCAAGAGGUUUGUUAUUACGAUGGUGACAGGUCCUGAACUCACAGUGGAAGGAAAACUUAGAUUUUUUUCAUGCUGCUGAUGUCACACAUGUGCCUUCUAAAAAAAAAAAAAAAAAAACUGGUAUUCAGUGGUGGUGAGAUUAAUAUUUUUUAUGGCCUUAAUAGUAACAAUUAGUUACACAAAAUUUGCUCUCCUUACUAAAUUCUAGUCACACUUAUUCUCAUAUCAGACAUGAUGAACAAGUUUAAACGUGACAGAACCGCAGGUAAACACGAUCAAGACACUGGAUGGAUGUUCUUAACAGUUAUGACACGUUCUCAUUAUUCUGAAACGUUUUAAAUUGUGGGUUAACACAGAAAUCUUUAGCGAUGCUUAUUUCACACUCAUGUAAUGCUCAGUGUUUUGAGUUUCUCAGAAACUGCACUGUUGGAACUAAAUAAAUUGCCAGCACACA